AUGAAUCUCAGGAAUGGCCCGCAGAUCUUCAGGAACCUCCCGUCAGAAUUGUUUUCCAGUUUUGACGUUUCCACUCCUUUGGAUGGGAUGGUUUUUGAUGAGAGAGGAGUGAAUGCCUUUGGAGACUGGAUGCUGGUGGACUAUGCCGUGCAGGCCUUGUCAAAAACCCUUCUCACCAGCAGGCUGACAGUGCUACACCUUGAAAACACCUGCCUGAGCGGCAAACCUCUCUUCACACUUGUUGGUGCUCUGAAAUGGAAUGCUGCUUUACAUCUUAUACAUCUUUUCAAUGCUUUACAACUCAAUGGCUACCAGGACUCCAUGCAAUUGGGUGAACUCCUAAAAUACAACAACACUCUUAAGACCUUGGACCUAAGUGACAGUAUCACAUCUGACUCAGGUCUGGAGGAGAUUUGUGAUGCUUUGAGCUUCCAAAAGGCUGGUUUGAGAACGCUGAUACUGAAUGCUGUCAAUCUGGUGGAGAUCCGUACUGAAAAUCUACAGAUCCAGCGUCUGGAUGUAUGGCACAACCAGGUGCUUGCUGGAGGUCUCGUGGCUCUUUCACUGGCCCUAAAGAUAAAUCAUUCCUCAUCAGACUGGACUUAG